AUGUCUUCCCGUGAAGUCUUUCAACUUCACCCAUCAGGCUGGGAACAUGAUCCUGACGAAGAGCGGUUCAAGGUUUCGACUAUUGAUCGGACGCCCGUGUGUGGCUAUAACCACUAUGUUGUGUUUUUUAGGGUUGUCAAUGCAGAGAUGGGCCGUGCAGUUGAUAUGCUCAGGGCUGGACUCGAGAAGACUUUGAGCCAAGCGAGGUACAUGUGCGGCACCAUCGAAAAAGAUCCCGGAGGUGGACAUUCAUUCGUCAAGAGGAAAGAGUCAACUGUGAAAUUUGUCGUGCAGCAGCUAGAUUCUGCCGAUGAGAACCAUCGGUCUUUGGACGAUAUUGAGCGGUCAUACUUCUCUGCUCAUUGUCUGGGGGAUCUCACCAUGUGGAGCAUCCCGGAGAUGACAUGGGGAGAAAGAUCCGAAGCUGAUCCAGAUAGGAGUCCAACAGUCGCAGCCUAUCAGCUUAACCUAGUCCGUGGCGGCUUUGUCUUCAGUAUGCAUAGCCAUCAUUAUGCCAGUGAUGUUAUGGGCUGGAGCAAUUUCACCCAUCAGCUUGCGGAUAACUGCUACGCAGUCGCCACUUCAACAGCUUUCCCACUAUGGAAUUCGGCGUGCAUUGACGUUUCGCGAUUCACCAAAGAUCUUCCUGCGGAGAUCUUGGUAGACGGUCCUCCAAUUCCACAAAGGCAUCCCGAUCAUCCAGAGCAGCAGGCUGUGUUGUUUCACUUACCCAAGAGUAAGGCCGCCGAGCUGAAGAGACUCGCAACUCCCACUGAUUCCACCUCACAAUGGAUAUCGACGUAUGACGCUAUGUGUGCAUACAUCUGGAGGGUGCUCUCCAAGGUUCGCGCCCCUCUAUAUAAGCCAGACGCUUCUACAGCUCUGUGGUGGGCGGAAGCUGUCAAUAUGAGGCCACGGCUCAGGAACCCUCCGGUUCCAGAGCGGAUGAUGCGCAAUGUCCUCGCCGGUGCAUUCUCGGACAGUGCGCCAGUACCGCCUCUGACAGUUGGUGAGGUCCUUUCGGACGCUCCCUUGACAAAGCUGGCGCACUACAUCCGCAUGUUGACGGAAAGCUGCACUGAACAACAUCUAGAGCGCCUAAUCGACCUCAUAGCACCGAUCAAAGAUAAGCGGUCCAUAAGCCUACGCGUUGAUGCCAACCCGCCAAUGAGCAUGUUUGUCACAGACCACCGCUCAGGUGACGUGAGCAGCUUCGAUUUCGGGUUCGCCAAGCCCAUCACAUAUCGUCAUCUCUGGGGAGACCUGAUCACAGCCGGCCUGAUCCUAGUCUACGCACCUAUCCGGUCAUCUGACAACCCAGACGAAGGGUGCAUGUUUACAAUUACUAUGGAGAAGGAUUUGGUGCCAAAGCUGAUGGAGAACUCGGAAUGGGCCGACUACUUUGAAUACCGGGGAAUUGAUUGA